UGGCCGUGGUCUCAUUCUGUCAUUAUCAUUCUAUACAUUUCAUUCUGUUCAUUUAGAAACGAAGGGAAACUCCCAGCCGUCAGAGUCCUUCACGCUAAUUUCUGAAGAAGUAAAAUGAAAGGAAAAAAACCCACACAAAACCAAACAAACCAACCAAAAAACCCACCACCAAACCAAACAAAAACUCUCCGCAUGAGUGGAAAGGUGUAACAGUCAGAUGUUGAAACGGGAGAUGUGGAGGACAGCUGGAAAAGGCUUAAACACCGCUUUCCUACAUAUCUGCAAUAAUGAGCGUCUGGCAGAGGAAGACAGCUGUUUUAUUCCAGACAGGAUCUGUUUAAGAGGCACUUCAUAUUUUUAGUAAUUUUCACGUACCUCAAGAGGAAGACAGUUACGGAACUGUGUUUCUGAAUUUACUGCAGUCCGACUAGAAGGGAAACAUACCAGUAAUAGUCUUUCAGGCAGAGCGCAGAAAUGAAGAUAAAGGAUCUGAAAGAUGUGGUAUUUGGGAGGACUGAGCCCAAGCAAAGAGAUCAGUUUCAAAACCAAGAUGAUGACAUGUUUUCCAGUGCAUUUUGUGAAAACUCUGAGAAGCUUAUUGAUGUACAUUUGUUUGCCCUGGCUGCUAAGUAUUAUUCUUUGUCCAACCUCGGAGUGUGUACCCCAUUAGAAGAUGUACUUGAAGCACUGAAAGGAAACAGCCAGGGAGCAACAGGUAUCAAACUGGAUGAGUUUAUGAACAAUAAGAAGUCACAUGAAGUGCAGGUGAUGUCAGAGCUGGUAGACAGCAUAGCAAAUUAUUGUGGAAUAAAGCAGGUGAUUGAUAUAGGUUCUGGAAAAGGCUACCUGAGUUCAUUUUUGUCCAUGCAAUACAACUUAAAAGUUUAUGGAAUUGACUCCUCCAACUCCAACACAAAUGGUGCUCAUGAAAGGAACAGAAAAUUGAAGAAACACUGGAGAGCAUAUCAGAGUCGAGGAAGAGCAAACCUCAAAACCCAGAGUUUGGAAAAGACAAAUGACAGACCAGUGGAAAGUGAAAUGAAAUAUAAAACAAUCAAUGAAGAGUUCUUAAAUAACACCAAAAGUCUUCAAAGUCGGGACCAUGAGAUUAUGCAAGAUUUAGUUCCUUCUCGUGGUUUCACAGAAAUAGGUAUAUUUGAAACCAGGACAGAAACUGAAGCUGAUUUGGUGGCUCAGACAAAAUCUCAUGAGGGCAAACUUUCUGAAGAGGUUCUUGCUAUUCUAAAUGUUCUGCCUGCUGAUGCUGUAGAAGUUUUUUCUUCAUCUCAUUGUAACUGGGGGGAACUCUCUGAAGAAGAAAAAGUGCAAAGAAAAAUGACAUCUCUCAAGACUAAAGCAACAAAGUCGAGUGAAUCGAACCUCUAUUUACCCUUAACGUCUUGCAUCACUGCAGAAACAGAACUCAGUGAUAUCAUAACAGAUCUGGAGGACUGUGUGAUGGUGGGUCUACAUACAUGUGGAGAUCUGGCUGCAAAUACACUACGAAUUUUUGCUGCCAAGCCUGAAAUCAAAGCAGUUUGCAGUGUGGGCUGCUGCUACCAUCUGUUAUCAGAACAGUUUGAAAACCAAGAAGAAUGCUGCGACAAAGUGUGGGGAUUUCCCAUGUGUCAGUACUUGAAGGACAAAGGCUGGUGUUGUGGUCGCAAUGCUAGAAUGUCAGCAUGCUUGGCUUUGGAACGAGUUGCAGUUGGCCAAAUGCUGCCUACAGAAUCAUUGUUUUAUCGAGCUGUUCUUCAGGUUAUUAUAGAAGAAAUGUAUGGUGUUACCAAAAGUGAUCGACAUGUUGGAAAAACUUUCUCCAAAUCAUCCUCCUUCAUAGAUUAUGUCAGAAGGUCUCUGAAAAAGCUUGAACUGGAUGAUUCGAAGCUCCCAGACAGCUGUAUAAUGGAUUACUAUGAAAAAUACAAGCACAGAAUGAAUGAGCUAGAAGCAUUUAAUAUGUUGAAGGUUGUUCUGGCUCCUUGCAUAGAAGUUUUGAUACUUCUGGAUCGUCUUUGCUAUCUCAAGGAGCAGGAAAACAUUGCCUGGUCUGGACUUGUGAAGUUAUUUGAUCCUGUGAAAUCCCCCAGAUGCUAUGCAGUUAUUGCUCUGAAGGAAGACUCAUGUUCUUAAGUGGAAGCAAAUUUCAGAGAGGUUGAAAAUUCUGAGCUGAUACUGUUGUUUCCUCUCUUUUAAUCUGUUAUUUUUAAUUGAUUCCUCAAGUACACUGUUUGCUUUUCAGCUGCAAAAGAAAAAACUGCAAUGUCUCUGAAUCUUCAGAAAUAAAUAUCUCCUUUAUAAAUAUGAUGGCUUCCUUAUGUCAUUUAUUAAACAAUGUUGAACAUCUGACUUUACUGAAAAAGUUAUGACCUAUACUGUGUGAUUACUAUUUAAAAUAGUUUUUAUAUUUCUUCUUUUUAAGGUACUAUGCUUAUGUAUCAAUACCCCUUCUCUUGAUAUUUCUAAUCUCAAAAUUAUACCUUCUCAAUUUUUACCAGUGGCUUGUAUCAGCAGUCUCAGACAAGGCUCACCCUUUUUGCUUUUCUGGGUUCAGAUGCUGCAGAAUAUAAACAGAAAAAUAACCUGCACUGUAAACAAAAACUUGUAGACUAAAUAGAAUCUUUGUACUUCCUGUUCUGCAGGUUAUCAGGACCAGUGUAAAAGAGCCUAGAUAGUGACUACCUGCAAAGGACAGUUUUGUAUUAAUCCUUUCCUCCUUUAGGCAUUUUCCUGGCAUGCACUUGUUUCCCUGCCACUCUGAAGAAAAAAUGUGUGUGCUCUAAUCCAGUGGGAGAUUUCCCAGUGCUAAAGAAUCAGCUGUCCUGCUGGGGUUCACUCUGUAAUCCUGGGUUCUAUUGCAAAGGUAUUAUUUAGCCAAAAUCUGUUGGGUAUAAAUACUUUGGUACCCAGGUGAAUUGAAACUUCCUAGUUUCUUGUUGUCUGUGCUGCAUUCAUGAGUGGGAAAUUUAUCUGUUGAUGUGUUUAUCUCAAUGGGUUGCCUAAUUAAACUUGCAGAUUUUCCAUCAAAUAAA